AUGGCUGCCCAGGUGACCCUGGAGGAUGCAUUAUCCAACGUGGAUCUCCUGGAGGAGCUGCCCCUGCCUGACCAGCAGCCCUGCAUCGAGCCCCCACCCUCCUCCCUACUCUACCAGCCAAAUUUCAACACUAACUUUGAAGACAGAAAUGCUUUUGUCACCGGCAUUGCGAGAUACAUUGAACAGGCCACUGUCCACUCUAGCAUGAACGAGAUGCUGGAAGAGGGUCAGGAGUACGCGGUCAUGCUCUAUACCUGGAGAAGUUGCUCCAGGGCCAUCCCACAGGUGAAAUGCAAUGAACAGCCUAAUAGAGUGGAAAUUUACGAGAAGACUGUGGAGGUCUUGGAGCCAGAGGUCACAAAACUGAUGAAUUUUAUGUACUUCCAGAGAAACGCCAUCGAGCGCUUCUGCGGGGAGGUACGGCGUCUGUGUCACGUGGAGCGGAGGAAGGACUUCGUGUCCGAGGCCUACCUGCUCACCCUGGGCAAGUUCAUCAACAUGUUCGCUGUGCUGGACGAGCUGAAGAACAUGAAGUGCAGCGUGAAGAACGACCACUCAGCCUACAAAAGGGCGGCUCAGUUCUUACGGAAAAUGGCGGAUCCACAGUCCAUCCAGGAAUCCCAGAAUCUGUCCAUGUUCCUGGCGAAUCACAACAAGAUUACGCAGUCUCUGCAACAACAGCUUGAAGUGAUCGCUGGCUACGAAGAACUUCUUGCAGACAUUGUGAAUUUGUGUGUGGAUUACUACGAGAAUAAAAUGUACUUGACACCCAGUGAGAAACACAUGCUUCUUAAGGUCAUGGGCUUUGGUCUUUACUUGAUGGAUGGAAGUGUCAGUAAUAUCUAUAAAUUGGAUGCCAAAAAGAGAAUCAACCUACCUAAAAUUGACAAGUACUUCAAGCAGCUGCAGGUAGUUCCUCUGUUUGGAGACAUGCAAAUAGAACUGGCAAGAUACAUAAAGACCAGUGCCCACUAUGAAGAGAACAAAUCUCGAUGGACUUGCACGUCUUCCAGCAGCAGCCCUCAGUACAACAUCUGUGAACAGAUGAUCCAGAUCCGAGAGGACCACAUGCGCUUCAUCUCAGAGCUGGCACGCUACAGCAAUAGUGAGGUUGUAACAGGCUCUGGCCGUCAGGAGGCGCAGAAAACAGAUGCUGAGUACCGGAAGCUCUUUGACCUGGCUCUGCAGGGCUUGCAGCUCCUGUCACAGUGGAGCGCACAUGUGAUGGAAGUGUAUUCGUGGAAACUCGUACACCCAACAGACAAGUACUCCAACAAAGACUGCCCUGACAAUGCCGAGGAGUAUGAACGAGCCACCCGCUACAACUACACGAGUGAGGAGAAGUUUGCCCUGGUAGAGGUCAUCGCAAUGAUCAAAGGCCUGCAGGUGCUGAUGGGAAGAAUGGAAAGUGUGUUCAACCAUGCCAUCCGACACACGGUCUAUGCCGCACUGCAGGACUUCUCCCAGGUGACCCUCCGGGAGCCGCUGAGGCAGGCCAUCAAGAAGAAGAAAAACGUCAUCCAGAGUGUCCUGCAGGCCAUCAGGAAGACAGUGUGUGACUGGGAAGCUGGACACGAGCCCUUCAACGACCCAGCUCUGAGGGGAGAGAAGGACCCAAAGAGCGGCUUUGACAUCAAAGUGCCCAGGCGCGCCGUGGGACCCUCCAGCACCCAGCUUUACAUGGUGAGAACCAUGCUAGAGUCCCUCAUUGCAGACAAAAGUGGUUCCAAGAAAACCUUGAGAAGUAGCCUUGAGGGCCCUACCAUAUUGGACAUAGAAAAAUUUCAUCGAGAGUCAUUCUUCUACACUCACUUGAUAAAUUUCAGUGAGACGCUGCAGCAGUGCUGUGACCUCUCACAGCUGUGGUUCCGAGAGUUCUUCUUGGAGCUGACCAUGGGCAGGAGAAUCCAGUUCCCCAUUGAGAUGUCGAUGCCCUGGAUUCUGACCGACCACAUCUUAGAGACCAAAGAGGCAUCGAUGAUGGAGUACGUGCUGUAUUCUCUCGACCUGUACAACGACAGUGCACACUACGCCCUCACCAAGUUCAGCAAGCAGUUUCUCUACGACGAGAUCGAGGCUGAGGUGAAUCUGUGUUUUGACCAGUUUGUGUAUAAGCUAGCAGAUCAGAUAUUUGCAUAUUAUAAGGUUAUGGCGGGAAGUUUGCUUCUUGAUAAACGGUUACGUUCGGAAUGUAAGAAUCAAGGCGCAACUAUCCACCUGCCACCAUCCAACCGUUACGAAACACUGCUCAAACAGAGGCACGUGCAGCUCCUCGGCAGAUCAAUAGACCUCAAUCGUCUGAUCACACAGCGUGUCUCGGCCGCCAUGUAUAAGUCACUGGAACUGGCAAUUGGCAGAUUUGAAAGUGAAGACCUGACAUCUAUUGUUGAAUUGGAUGGCCUCUUAGAAAUCAACCGCAUGACCCACAAGCUACUGAGCAAGUACCUGACACUGGACAGCUUUGAUGCCAUGUUUCGUGAAGGCAACCACAACGUGUCGGCGCCCUAUGGAAGAAUCACUCUCCAUGUCUUCUGGGAGCUCAACUACGAUUUCCUGCCCAAUUACUGUUACAAUGGCUCCACCAACCGGCAGCAUUAUCUUUAUGGAAGCAGACCUUUGAACCUGGCCUAUUCCAGCAUUUAUGGCAGUUACAGGAACUUCGUGGGCCCUCCACACUUCAAAGUCAUCUGUCGGCUUCUUGGCUACCAGGGAAUUGCUGUGGUCAUGGAGGAGCUGCUGAAAGUCGUCAAGAGCCUGUUACAAGGCACCAUCCUGCAGUAUGUGAGGACGCUGAUGGAAGUGAUGCCCAAGAUAUGCCGCCUGCCCCGGCAUGAAUACGGCUCUCCUGGUAUCCUUGAGUUCUUCCACCAUCAGCUGAAGGACAUAGUGGAGUAUGCGGAGUUGAAGACAGUGUGCUUCCAGAACCUGAGGGAGGUGGGCAAUGCCAUCCUCUUCUGUCUGCUCAUUGAGCAGAGCCUGUCAUUAGAAGAAGUGUGUGACCUGUUGCAUGCCGCCCCUUUUCAGAAUAUUUUGCCCAGAGUCCAUGUGAAAGAGGGAGAGAGACUGGAAGCCAAAAUGAAGAGAUUGGAAUCAAAGUAUGCCCCACUGCACCUUGUUCCUCUGAUUGAGAGACUGGGGACCCCUCAGCAAAUUGCAAUAGCAAGAGAGGGGGACCUGCUGACCAAGGAGCGCCUCUGCUGUGGCCUGUCAAUGUUCGAAGUCAUCUUGACUCGGGUUCGGACCUUUCUGGAUGAUCCUAUCUGGCGUGGCCCUCUUCCCAGCAAUGGGGUCAUGCAUGUGGACGAGUGUGUUGAGUUUCACAGGCUUUGGAGCGCCAUGCAAUUUGUCUACUGCAUUCCUGUGGGGACACAUGAGUUUACGGUUGAGCAAUGUUUUGGUGACGGGCUCCACUGGGCUGGAUGUAUGAUCAUUGUACUUCUUGGGCAACAGCGACGCUUUGCUGUGCUGGAUUUUUGCUACCAUUUGCUCAAAGUCCAAAAACAUGAUGGCAAAGAUGAGAUUAUAAAAAACGUGCCCUUGAAGAAGAUGGUGGAGAGGAUUCGCAAGUUCCAGAUACUCAAUGAUGAGAUCAUCAAUAUCCUGGACAAGUACCUGAAGUCAGGAGACGGAGAGAGCACGCCUGUGGAGCACGUCCGCUGCUUCCAGCCCCCGAUCCACCAGUCUCUGGCCAGCAGCUGA